AUGAUGUUAUCACAAAGUGUUCUAAAUGCAUUAGUCAGUGUUUUCGUGUUUAAUCAAUGUUUGGCCUACUUCUCAGUGGAAAAGCAUGAUGAUUGUUUUUGUCAGCUGUCGGGAAAAAUAGACGAAUGCACUUGUAAUAUCGAUACUGUUGACCAUUUCAAUAAUGUGAAAGUUUAUCCCAGGCUGAAGAGUUUGUUGCUGAAAGAUUUCUUUCGAUUCUACAAGGUGAACUUGAAACGGCCAUGUCCCUUCUGGUCGGACGACAGCAAGUGCGCCAUGCGGUAUUGCCACGUCGAGCCGUGCCUGGCACACGAAAUCCCAGAAGGCCUGAAAGGGGCUACCAAAGACAACAACUCUCAGAAAACCCACCUCCAGACCAGCCCUGCCGAUAAGUAUGCCAGAGACCAAAAUGAAGGGUGUACAUCACAACACAAUACAUUAGACUACCUCAACAAGACGCUAUCAGAAAAAGCUCAGAAAGACAUACAGCUGUGGAAUGCUCAUGACGAUGCACAAGACAAUUUUUGCGAAAUAGAUGAAAACGAUGAAGAGGCCGAGUACGUCGAUCUGUUGUUGAAUCCAGAAAGGUUUACAGGUUAUGCAGGAGCAUCGGCGCACCGGAUCUGGAAAACUAUCUACCUCGAGAACUGCUUCCGGCCGAAAAGGUCAUUCAAUUUCAACCCUUACAUACAGAGCGCCAAGCUGAACGAGCUGUGCCUGGAAGAACGGGUAUUCUACAGGGCGAUAUCGGGACUGCAUGCCAGCAUCAACACGCAUCUGUGCUCGAAUUAUCUUCUGUCGGAAAGUAACGGGUUGAGCCUCGCCAAUCCCAAAGGUAAAUGGGGGCCGAAUUUGGAGGAGUUUCAGAAGAGGUUCUCUCCCGACACUACCAAUGGAGAGGGACCGAAUUGGUUGAGGAAUUUGUAUUUCGUUUAUUUGUUGGAGUUGAGAGCUCUAGCUAAGGCGGCGCCUUAUUUGGAAAGUGAAGAAUAUUAUACCGGUAAUGAUCCAAACGACUGGGACACUCAAAUGGCGAUGAAAGACCUCCUCAACGUCAUCAAAUCCUUCUCGGACCACUUUGAUGAGAGCACAAUGUUUCGAAACACGGAACAAGCAGAAAAACUCAAGUACGAGUUCAAGCAACACUUCAGGAACAUCACGAAAAUCAUGGACUGCGUGGGCUGUGACAAGUGUCGCUUGUGGGGCAAGUUGCAGAUACAAGGUUUAGGUACUGCAUUGAAAAUUUUAUUCAGCGGAAAAUUGGACAAUGUUGCGAAUAAUAUAAAGCUGGACUCGCAUAACAAAAAAGAAUUUCAGCUGUCGAGAAAUGAAAUUGUGUCAUUGGUCAAUGCGUUCGGUAGAUUAUCCAAUAGUGUUUAUAAAAUAGAUGAUUUCAGGCAGAUAUUGAGAUAG